AUGGACUCGGAGAUCGGCGCGCAAGGCACCGUCGCAGAGGGCGAGAGCGCCUGGUCGACCGUCGAGCAGACGAUGGAAGACCCGGAGGAGAUGAGAGUCAUGUUCAGUGCACUGGACUCUUUUGCACAGAGAGAACACAGCCAAUAUGCCAAGGUUGCCCACUUCAACGUGACGCACCUCCGUCGUCGCUCGUUCUACGCUCUCCCCCAAUCUCAGUGGCAGAUGCUCGCCUCUCUACCCUUCAACUUCCUCGACACCCUCGAUAGGACCGACGCGGCCAUCGACCGCAACGCCGAGCUGGCGCGUGACAUCGUCGCCUCUGGUCUGAGGUCGUUCGGCCUGACCGAGAUGCCCCGCGCCUGGGUCGGCGUGGCCAAGCACUCGGACAUUGACAAGGCCAGGAGCACGCUCCGGCAGUUCUACCGGGAUUGGACGGCCGACGGGUCGGGGGAGCGCCAGGCCUCGUUCGGUCCCGUCUUGGAAGCCUUGGAGGCCGAGAGGUCCCGUCGAAGGAGGCACGGCACGGCCAGGGAGGCGGACGGGGAGACGACGGAGGAGGACGGGGAGUUCAAAGUCUUGGUCCCGGGAGCAGGUCUGGGAAGGCUGGUGUUCGACCUGUGCUACCGCGGCUUCUCGGCCGAGGGCAACGAGAUAUCGUACCACUCCCUCCUGGCAUCGUCGUACAUCCUGAACGAGUGCCCCUCGGCCGGCCACCACCGCAUCUUCCCCUGGGUCCACAGCUUCUCCAACCACCGCGUGCGGUCCAACCACCUGCGCUCCUACGCCGUCCCGGACAUCCACCCGGCCACGGCGCUGUCUCUCCACCCGGACCCCAAGGGGUCCAUGUCCAUGUGCGCCGCCGACUUCCUCUGCGUCUACGGCGACGAGGAGCACGCCGAGGCCUACGACGCCGUGGCGACCGUCUUCUUCCUCGACACGGCACCCAACCUGGCCCGCUACCUGGACGUGGUACACCGCUGCCUGAGGCCGGGCGGCAUCCUCGUCAACGUAGGACCCCUGCUGUGGCACUUUGAGAACAACGCCCCCGGCAACGGCGGCCAGGACGACGACGGCGACGGCCAGCACGACUCGCGCAGCUCGUCGGGCAUAGCCGACCCGGGGAGCUUCGAGCUGGCAAACGACGAGGUCAUGGCCCUCCUCGAGGCCGUCGGGUUCCGCAUCGAGUCUAGGCGGGACGACGUCGAGACGCCCUACAUCCAGGAUAGGGACAGCAUGCUCCAGACCGUGUACAGGUCCAGCACCUGGGUUGCCAGGAAGGUCAGCCGUCAUGUAGACAUGGAAGCACCCAUAACGACGUCUUGA